ACUUUCUAAGUGUUCUUCUGAGUGGAAGAACUUCUCGAGGCUCAGCGAUGGCGACUAGCCCUAAUCUCAUUGUUGCGAUAGUAUUCGCUUUCCUCACAGUCGCUUCGUCACACGUCUAUUUCGAAGAGCGCUUUGAAGAUGGAUGGGAGGAUCGAUGGGUUGUAUCUGAUUGGAAGAAGGAUGCGAACCUGGCAGGGCAAUGGAACUACACUUCCGGGAAAUGGAGUGGGGACCCGAAUGAUAAAGGUAUUCAGACUAGUGAAGACUAUAAGUUCUAUGCAAUCUCAGCUGAGUUCCCUGAAUUCAGUAACAAGGAUAAGACUUUGGUUUUCCAGUUUUCUGUUAAGCACGAACAAAAGCUAGAUUGUGGUGGCGGCUACAUGAAGUUGCUCAGUGGUGAAGUUGAUCAAAAGAAAUUUGGUGGUGAUACCCCUUAUAGUAUCAUGUUUGGACCUGACAUAUGCGGAUAUAGCACCAAAAAAGUUCAUGCCAUUUUUUCAUACCAGGGAUCAAAUCACUUGAUCAAGAAGGAUGUGCCUUGUGAGACUGACCAGUUGACUCAUGUUUAUACUUUUGUUCUCCGACCUGAUGCUACCUACAGUAUCCUUAUCGACAAUGUGGAGAAACAAUCUGGUAGUCUUUAUUCUGAUUGGGACAUUCUCCCUCCAAAGCAGAUCAAGGAUGCCAAAGCCAAAAAACCUGAAGCUUGGGAUGAUAAAGAGUAUAUUCCUGACCCUGAAGAUAAGAAGCCAGAGGGUUAUGAUGACAUUCCAAAGGAGCUACCUGAUCCUGAUGCCAAAAAGCCUGAAGAUUGGGAUGAUGAGGAAGAUGGUGAAUGGACACCUCCAACAAUAGCUAACCCUGAGUACAAGGGACCAUGGAAGCCCAAGCAAAUAAAAAACCCCAGCUACAAGGGAAAAUGGAAGGCACCUAUGAUUGACAACCCAGAUUUCAAGGAUGACCCAGAUUUUUUUAUUUACCCCCAUUUAAAAUAUGUAGGCAUUGAACUGUGGCAGGUGAAAUCUGGGACCAUGUUCGACAAUAUUUUGGUUUGCGAUGAUCCUGAUUAUGCAAAGAAGCUUGCUGAAGAAACUUGGGGAAAGCACAAGGAUGCUGAGAAGACGGCAUUUGAAGAGCAAGAGAAGAAAAGAAAAGAAGAGGAAUCAAAGGAUGACCCAGAUGAUUCAGAUGCUGAGGAGGAUGAUGAUGAUGCAGAAGGCAAUGAAUCCGAUGAUGAAUCUAAUGCAGAGACAGAAAAAGAUGAUGCUGAUGAUGAUGAUGAGGCUCACGAUGAGCUAUAGGAAAUGGGGCUUCAAAUUCCUGCAGCAAUAUGGUUUAGAAAUGUGUGGUUGGGGUGGUGAUACACCCAAAGAUUUUCCCUUUUCCCUUUUUCUUCCUCUCCCCUUUUUUUUUUUUUAUGUUUCCUAAGCGGUACGAGAAUAUGCAAUGUAUGGCAAUGAACUCUUUGCCUAUAUGCAGCCUCUUUGAGAAAGUAAUUCAGAAAUGCAAUAAUAUCGAGUUGCAUUCUCUGUAACUAUCCUUACCAUCUGGGUACAGAUAGCCAUAUGCAUUAGAAGAUUUUGCUAAUAA